AUGGCUAAAGCGAGAAACGAGGAAGAAAGAACAGUUAAUCCGGAUGAUAAGGGACUGAAUGGAGACGUUAACAUGACAAAAACAGAGUAUUGUAAUAAGCUGCGGUCGUGGAUGUGGCAUUAUUACAGCGGCUAUUCGAGCUGGCAGGGCUGGAUGAUGAUGUCGGCGCUGCCGUUACCACCGUGUUAUUCGCCUCAGCUCAGCAACCAAACCCCUACCAGCCCCCCUACUGCCACAGAAUUCACUAACUGGUACAUGCAGCUUACCAACCCCCAUACAGCUCCACUGCCCGGGGGUAUACCAGCACCGACUACAGCGACUGCCAGUCCUGCACAGGCUAAUGCCAACCCGGUGCAGCAAGCAGGUAGAGAGUACACCAUUCCUUCUCCAUUACACAGAUUUCUGGCAGAAAUGGUGGAUUUCUUCAUCCUCUUCUGUGUUAAAGCAACCAUUGUUUUGUGGAUCAUGCACCUAAGUGGAAUGAAGGACAUUUCCAAAAUCAUCAUGCAGUUUGUGGUAGAGGAGAUAGAUGAGAACACAUCUCUGGAGGACCUGCAGAAGAUGAUGGUGGUAGCUCUGGUCUACAGGGUUCUGGUUUGUUUCUAUGAGACCAUCUGUAUUUGGGGAGCAGGAGGUGCCACACCAGGAAAGUUUUUGCUUGGCUUACGCGUGGUCUCCUGUGACUCGACAGUCAUGUUACGACCUAACCGGGUCAUGGUGGUACCAGCAUCUAACGUCACCUUAUCUGCCUCCACAGUACGGGCAUUGAAUAAGAACUUAUCCAUUGCUUUCCUCUUUCCGGUCUUCAUCACACUGCUCUUCUUCCAGCACAACCGGACCGUGUAUGACAUUGUUGCUGGAACCAUCGUGGUCAGGCGCAGGGGAGCCAGAUGACCAGCAGUGUAGGACAAAGGAUGACUUUAUAUUAUAGUAUUUAUGAUGAGGACAUAACUCUGCUGAAGCUUAUGGCCACACAGGAUUUAUACAUCAGUUUUGCUGGUUUCUUUUAAUGCAUUUGCUUAUUUUAAUGGAGUAAGCUUGUUUGGCUGUUAGCAUUUCAGUGACCACCAUGAUGCUCAUCAAUACAAACACUAACACUGGAUUCAUGUUUUUUCCACUUUGCUUUAAUUUUGGAUACCCAUGUUAACAGGUUAUCAUGCUGCUAGUGCAGCUUUGAGUCCCAGAAACGGCACAGCCUCUGCACAAUACAGUAAAGCCUAAUGUGCAAAUCAGUGAAAACAAACUAAACAUUCAUCACUGUAAAAAAGUCAAACCUUAAUAUGUGUGCUUGCUUCGCUUCAUAUGGCCCGAUAUUUCCUGUUAAGCAUAUUGUACUAUUUAACAGGAUUGAACCUGUACACCAUGCUUGUAAAACUGUGUAGUCACCUGACCAUGAUCUUGUUGGACAUCCUAUUUAAAAACCAUGGGUAUUAAUAUGGACUUGACUUCUCAUUUGCAGCUAUAAAACCUCACAUUUCAUGUUGUUUCAUCCAAAAAAGUGUUUACUAGGGGUAAAGUCAGGGCUCUGGGCAGCAAACACCUGCUUUGUGCACAGGGGCAUAGGAUAGGAAAUUGCUUUAUUCAAACUGGUGCCACACUAAUAGAAGUGUAUAAUUUAUUGAACUGGUAUUUUACCACCUGUUAGCUGUAAGUCUGGCUGGAAACACUUGAACUCAGUAGUUAGGAUGGUGUCCAUAUUCUUUUGGUCAUGUUGUGCAUGUGUAAUUGGCCAACAAGUGCAAGUGUGCCGGUCAUGCAGCAGCAUCAUUUCCUUUAUGCCGAGGUGGCUUGUGUCUACUGGGCAUGUGCACUUCGGACUACCAUGUGAAGUGCAUUAUUCUUUACUAUCAUUGAGGACAUCAGAUUCUGGAAUGCUUUUUCCAGUGAUUGCUCUGUAUUUUAAUGGAAUUGCACCUCAUGUAUGUAAUCAAUAAUUUUCAGAAAGGAUUUGUUGCAUUGCACAUCAUGUUUAUUGGCUUGGGCUUGAUGUGUACAGUGUGUGUGUGUAUGUGUUUCAGAUAUGUGGAUGAGGAAAUAUUUAAUAUGUAACUUAUAUAAAGCUAGGUGUUUUAUUAAAGUGAAAAAUGACAGUGAA